GGGUGGCUUUUGGGUAUUUGUACAUUGUUCGCACGGCGCUACAUCUGCAUUAUUGCAUACAUACAUACAUACAUAUAUGACGGGUAAAUAGAUACAACAGCGAGAGAGCAGCGAGUUCGUUAUUUUUCUUACAAGAGCAUAGCGUUAAGCUACCGUAAAUACGAGUACAUUGAGAUCAUCCCUACUCACCUAGCGUACAAACAUACAAAGAAACCGACUUAUUGCCUGACAAAACAAAUCGAGCCGUUAAAGUGAACGCACGCGCAGUGCAGCUGUAUUUAUGGAACAAUCAAGAGAAAUUGCAAGUGAAAAUAAAUGAAAUUAACUGUUUUUUUAAAUAUUUCAAGAAAAAUGGUUGAAGGAGGUGUUUUAAAAGUUUGCUAUCGUAAACGCUUGUCUAUCAUCCACUAUGAGCCGACCAAUUGUUACGACCAGAUCAUUAAAUUGAUUAUUCAAAGCUUCAAUAUUCCCGCCUCACAUGAACGUGCGCUGCUGAUCUCCACCGAAAAUGGCAGAAUUUUUGACAGGCUACUCUUUGAUUACUUUCUAACACUUUUCCCCAAUCCCAGCAUCAUUUUUUACAUACGGUAUGAUUACAAUCGCGCAGUGAGCAUUUUGCAAUCAAUACAACAACAACAGCAACAAGAAAUAAAAACAGUAAUAGAAAGUAGUGAUAUUAAUAUGGAAAAGGAGAAAAAAGAUAAUACCGAGUGUGAAGCAGACAAAUAUAAGUUUACACCGGUGUUUCGCAUGAAUUGUUUUAUAUACGAAUAUCCAACUACUAAGAUAAAAGCGGAAAAUAAUAGUAGUAAGAAACAGAAGUCUAGCAAUGUGAAGCACUCACCACGAAGCGAGUUCAUGAAACGUGUGAAAAAGCAUUUGCAAAUUGGUGAAUUGAAAAAGCGCACAAGAAAACCGUUGGCACAGGUAAGGCGCAUUAUGCGAGUGUAGAGAUGGGUGUGCAGAGAUGACUGCAAAAAUAAAGCAACAAGACAGAGGCAAAAAUACGACUAAAAAUGAACCUCGGGGAUUUUGUUUAUGAAGAAAUGUUCUAAUUUAUUCCAGCAACAAAGGAGAUCAGAUGGUCUGCCGUUGAAUGUAUACAACUUUGAAUUACUCAUUCCUUUAAUUUUAUUAAAAUACUCUAAUCUGUAAAAUAUUGACUGAUAUAAUCAUACCUUUACUCAAUUAAGCGAAGUGAUAAAAUAUUUAUGUACAUACGGAUAUAUACAUUUUUUAUAGCGUUUAUUAAGUUAUACAUUAAGU